AUGUCAACCUCAACCUGGAUGAACUAUGAGAUUGGCAAAGUCGACGAUGAGCAAUGCUUCAACCAGCUCGCCGAGCAGUUCGGCUUCAAAGCAAGUGACCUCACAGCCAUAAUCCACAAUCUCCGCGAAAAAACCACUUACGACAAGGACAUGCUCUUCACAUUCAAAUCCCUGAAACAAACACCCGGGGUAGAGAUCGCCCUCGUCUCCAAUAUCUCAGCAAUGGAUUAUCAGGCCCUGCGCAAGAUAUUUGACAAUGAAUUCUGGUCUAUAUUCGACCACAUCUUCACCUCGUCGAUGCUGGGUGUCCGCAAGCCCAGUCCCCACUUCUACCGCCAUGUCCUGCGAGCUCUCCGUGCCACACCGCAGAGUACUUUUCUCGUGGAUGAUCGACAGGAGAACGUCCUCUCGGCUCGAUCAAUUGGCAUGCGCGGAACAGCUGACCUCAUUGGUCUGCCCCGUAGACUCACUAAUCUCGUCGGCGACCCCAUUGAGCGGGGGAUGACCUUUUUGCGACGGCAAGCGGGGGAGUUCCCUUCCGUGACGCAGGAGGGAGUUGUGAUUGAGGAGAAUUACGCGCCGCUCCUGAUACUGGAGGUGUUAAAUGAUCGGAGCCUGGUUAAUCUGAAAAACCCGCCGCGUCUGUGGAAUUUCUUCUCAGGAACGCCUAAGUAUACCACGAAGGUGUAUCCUGAUGACCUAGACACGACCUCGCUUGCAAUGAGCACACUAGAAUACGACCAUGAUCUCGCACACUCAAUCCUCGACGAGAUGCUUGACUACGUGGAUGAGGAUGGUUUUGUCCAGGCCUACACCGAUAGAUCUCGACCCCGCGUCGACGCAGUGAAAGCCCUAAAUGUUCUCGUCGCAUUCCACAUCUAUGGCCGCGGCUACGAGCUGCCGCAAACCCUCGACUGGAUGCACAGCAUCCUCACGCACCGCGCAUACAUCGACGGAACGCGCUACUACCCAACCGCUGAGUGGUUCCUGUACUACCUCAGUCGCCUCCUUGCCAGGUGCAACGAUCCACUCUUACGCCAAAGACUAGAGCCUCUUUUGCGGACCCGUGUGACCGAGCGGAUUGGAGUGAACGGCGACGCUUUUUGUCUUGGGAUGCGGCUCUUGACAUGCAAUUUUCUGGACAUCGAGAAUUUUCAGGAUAGAGAACGCCUGGCUGAGAUGCAGUGCGAGGAUGGCGGGUGGGAGGCGUCGUGCAUGUAUCUUUUCCCGUCGGAGGGGAAGGAUAUUAGGAAUCGCGGGGUGACGACGGCUUUUGCGGUUGCUGCGCUGAGGGGUGGGGUGUAG